UUCUCAUGCAGUAUUUGUGGCAAAUUGUUUUCAACCAAAGGCAAUAUGGUGCAACAUAUUAAAGGAGUUCACUUAAAUUCUCUGUCUGUAUCUUGCCAAAUGUGUGGUAAACUUUUCACGCGUAAAUCUAAUUUAAGGGAACAUAUGCGAAGUGUAGAUGGUAAAAAAGUAUAUCCAUGUCAGGUGUGUGGUAAACAAUUUGGAACCUCGUCUAAUCGACAGCGUCACAUACGGGGAGUGCAUCUUCAGUACCAAACUACUUGUAAUGACUGUGGAAAGGUAUUCAGCCACAAAGGCAAUUUGAAACGACAUAUAAGAGAAGCCCAUCUUGGUGUGCGACCGUUUAAGUGCUUAAUGUGUGGGAAAAUAUUCAAUUUCAAAGGAAAUUUGAACAAACAUAUCCGAGGUGUGACUGCUACAAGUUAUAAACCAUUUUCCUGUAAAGUCUGUGGAAAACAAUUUAAUUAUAAAGGCAAUCUUAAGAAACAUUUUCAAGGGACUCAUAUGAAGAUGAGAUUUAGUUGUCCAAUAUGUGGGAAGUCAUUUAGUCAGAAGGGAAAAGUUAAAAUACAUUUCAAUAGUGGAAUGGCUGAUAAUCUUUGUAAAUGGUGUGGCAAAUAUUUCUAUAACAAGAGCACCCUUAAUCGUCAUGUUCAAAAUAUUCAUUACAAAACUAGAGCUCCCUGUCCUUACUGUGAAAAAUCUUUUGUUCAAAAAACUUACUUGAAUUAUCAUAUUCGUAAAAUGUUUAGUAGUGGUAACUUUAGUUUCCCAUGUCAAUGGUGUGGUAAAAUAUUUAACGAUAGAAGUAAUUAUAAACGUCACAUUAACAAUAUACACCUCAAUAUGAAAUUCACUUGUCAUUUAUGUCUAAAACAAUUCACACAAAAAUAUAAUCUAAAAACUCACAUUAAAGACCAAUAUGGCCGAAGAGUUCAUAACUGUUCUUGGUGUGGAAAAUUAUUCAAUGAUAGCAGUAAUUUAAGACGACAUGUUGAAGGAAUACAUUUAAAAAUCAAGAUACCUUGUCCUGUUUGUCAUUUUAAUUUUACAAGAAAAUCUAGCAUGAUUCUACAUUUGAAAAAAACACAUACUCAACAUUUCUAG